GCCGAGGCGACCGGGUGGCGGCAGCAGGGCCGGAAGGCAGGAUAGCUGCUGGGGCGUGGAGGAGGUGUCGGUGUACUUCGCGGGGCUCGGGGAAGAGCGUGCGCUCUCGUGGGGCCCAGUCGGCUCGGAACCAGGUCCUGCGAGACCCACACCCCUCCCUGUCUCCGUCCAUCCCUCCGUCCCUCCCUCCGUCCAGCUGGGUGCCGCGUGGGUCCCUGUCACCCCCGGGAAGACGAGUUCUUUGACAGCGACAUCUGGGCGCAGGGAAAGACACGGUAGAUGACGAGAGAGAGCCCUUUAUAAUUACUGGUGACCAGAGCUGGCAUAUCAGCAAAAGAGACUCGAAAGACCAUUUUUUUCAAUGUAAAGAGAUUGACUGUAUUGUAAAAAUGGACGCCAACACCUAAAGAUCAAGAGAAUUGGAAUUUGUCCUCUUUAAAAAUGAAGCCAGUGCAAAGAGGGGCUGGGGCUGCAGCUCAAGAGUAGAGCACUUGCAACAGUGUGCAGGAGGGGCCAGAACUGCUGCCUCACCCAUGGACCUGAUUGGUUUUGGUUAUGCAGCCCUUGUGAUGUUUGGAAGCGUUUUAGGGUAUAAGCGGAGAGGUGGCGUUCCAUCUCUGAUUGCUGGUCUCCUUGUUGGGUUUUUGGCUGGCUAUGGAGCUUACCGGGUAUCCAAUGACAAACGAGAUGUUAAACUGUCAUUGUUUACAGCUUUCUUCCUGGCCACCAUAAUGGGUGUGAGAUUUAAGAGAUCCAAGAAAAUCAUGCCAGCUGGGCUGGUUGCAGGCUUAAGCCUCUUGAUGAUCCUAAGACUUGUCCUCCUGCUUCUCUGAGCAUCCAGAGAAGCUGCACACUGAAGAUCUGUCAUUCUCCUGCAGUGAGCAGAGCAUAGCCUCUGUACCUUAAAAGAUAAAUUGCAAUACAGAAUGUUAAGUGUUUUAUGUUAGAAACAAAGGUAACACUAUCACCUCUAAUCUGAACAUGAAUUUGAGUUUUUUUAAUAGUGUUAAUCAUUUCUAAUUGUCAUGCACUGUUUUCAUUAAAGGUAUUUAAUAAACCAUGAUACAAUUUCAUCUGCUAUGUCUAAUACAUAUAUGUAUAUCUAUGUCUAUAUAUGUUAUAUUUUUGACAAUUUAAAUAUUCAUGACUCAAAUAAAUUAAACUGCAAAUUAUCAGAUGAAGUAAUUCCUUAUAUGAACCUCACAGAAUGCUAAUGUAGCCACUUGGUGCUUGUGUUAUAUUAGAAAUUUUAUUUUUUCCCAGUUUAAUUGUAUAUGCUGCCAGUUUUGUCUUUCUUUUAAGAAUUCCAUUCUCAGCACACUGCAUCCCAACAGGAUGUAUUCAAUAUUCAAAUAAAAGACAUUUUGUUUUAAACCUGUUUCUUUAAUUUUGGUGUCUUCUCUGUAUAUGCAGAUCGUCUCUGACAUGUAAAUGUUCAAUUAUUAAUGAAAGAAAUUAGGAAAGAGGAUUAUUGAAGGCAGGGGCAGAUAAUUUGUGUGUGUGUGUGUGUGUGUGUGUAUCUGGAAUAGUAAUAAUUCUAGGGAGAAAAUAUUUUGGCUCAAAUCACUUCAUUUUGAGGAAUAGUUACAACUUUUAGUGUGCCAGGCAGUUUUAGGCUCAAAAUGGACAUGAGUCUGAGACCCAUUCCAGCUCUCCCACUGGCACAUGUGUCCUUUGAAAGAUCAUUCCCUCUCUCAGGGACUCAGUUUCUCACCCGUAAGGAGGACUUUAAGAAAUUAUCAACAGGAUGCCAAGCAUGAUAGCAUAUGCCUAGAAUCCCAGCAGUUUGGAGUCUGGGGCAGGAGGAUCAUGACAAGUUUGAUUCCAGCCUGGACUACAUAGUUCAAACCCAGCAUGAGCUAUCUAGUGAGAUGCUAUCUUUAAAAAAUUCUAGUUUGAAAAAGGAAAAAGAAAAACUUCAUAGUGGUGCCAAAGAGAUUGUCACUAUAAGCCAAGCUGGGAGAUGAUGUCUGAUAGGAUGCUCUUUUUACUUAAAGCUGCCAAAAAUGACUGAG